AUGUCCCAACAACCACUAAAAGCUCCUACUACCACUGAGGCCCCAACAACCACUGGAAGCUCUACCACAACUACUGUAGUUCCUACUGCCACUGAGGCCCCAACAACCACUGAAGCUGCAACAACUAAUAUAGCUUUCACUACCACUGAGGCUCUAAUAACCACUGAAGCUGCAGCAACUACUGCAGCUCCUACUUCCACUGAGGCCACAACAACCACUGAAGCUACCACAACUACUAUAUCUCCUGCAACAACUACUGUAGCUCCUCCUACCACUGAAGCUCUAAUAACGACUGAAGCUGCAACAACUACUGUAGCUCCUACUUCCACUGAGGCCACAACAACCACUGAAGCUACCACAACUACUAUAUCUCCUGCCACAACUACUGUAGUUCCUAGUGUCACUGAGGCCCCAACAACCACUGAAACUGCCAUAACUACAUUAGCUCCUACUACCACUGAAGCUGCCACAACUACCAUAGCCCUUACUACCACUGAGGUCCCAACAACCACUGAAGCUGGAACAACUACUAUAGGUCCUACUACCACUGAGGCCCCAAUAACCACCCAAGCUCCUACUACCAAUAAGGCCCCAAUAACCACUCAAGCUGCAACAACUACUGUAGCUCCUACUAUCACUGACGCCCCAACUACCACUGAAGCUGCCACAGCCACUGAGGCUCCAACAAACAAUGAAGCUGCCACAACUACUAUAGCUCCUAUUACUACUGAAGUUGCCACAACUACCAUAGCCCUUACUGCCACAACCACUGGAGCUCUAACUACCACUGAGGCCCAAACUUCAGUUCUUGAAACAAGUACUUCUCCAUUUACCACAACCACUUCAAUUCCUGAAACAAGUACUAUUUCAGGUAUUAGUUCAGUAACCAUAAGUCCACGUUCUGAAGUAAGUACUACUUCAGUUUCCAUUACCAAUUUAAUACCUAAAACUGAUGCAGUUAUCGCAGUUUUAGUUCCUGAAAGAAGUAGUACAGUUACCACAGAUUCAGAUCCUAGAACAAGUAUAACAACGACGUCAGUUCCUGAAACAAGUAGUACUUCAGUUACCAGAACUUCAGUUCCUGAGACAAGCACUAUUUCAGUUACCACAACUUCAUUUUCUGAAAUGAGCACUGAAACAAGUACUUCAAUUACUACAAUUCCACAUCCUGAAAUAAGCACUACAGUUAUUACGACUCCACUUCCUGAAACUGCUUCAGUUACUGCGACUCCAUUUUCUGAAACAAGUACUUCAGUUACUACAACUACAAUUCCUGAAACAAGUACUGUUUCAGUUACAGCGUCUCCAUUUCCUAAAACAAACACUGCUUUAGUUACUACAACUCCACUUCCUGAAACAAGUAUUAUUUCAGUUACUAUAAGUUCAAUUCUUGAAACAAGUACUUCUUCAGUUACUAAUACUACACUUCUUGAAACUAACAUAUCUUCAGUUACUACAAGUCCACUUCCUAAAGCAACUACUGUUUCAAUUACCACAACUCCUGAAAUAAACACUACUUCAGAAACCACGACUUCAGUUCCUGAAUUUCAAUUCAAGUGA